AUGAUAAGAUAAUAAAUAGAAAGGACACUUCAUUGAUUAACUAAUUUCAGGGCAGGUUUAAAAAAACAAAACAGAAAGUACAUAAUCAGCAGAGAAUAUUUUUAGACUUUCCAUGCUUUAAUGCUUUCUGCGUUCAUUGUUUUCUUGAUUCUUAGUUUUGAAACUUGAAUGUGACUUUGUGAAGCAAAUCCUUUUGUAUACCUUUUUCUAACGGAGUUAGGGAGUGGUUUCUGUCAGGCAUAAUGUUAUGUUCAGAAUGAAACUGAAACUAAAUUGAUUUAACUCAUUGGCACCAUGGAAUAAAAAAAUGCCAAAUAUUAAGGACACUUACACACUUAUAAAUUUGCAUUCUGUGUUAUGGCCUCUUAAAAUCACCAAGGUUCAUUAACACGUAUACUGUUGUUAGUGGCAGAACUUUUUUUUUUGACAGUGUUGUGUUAUUAACAGGGAAUCUUCCAAUAUUAAAAUAUCUCAGCCAAUAAGAAAGUGACUUUGAAUAAGACCUAACAAUGUUGAGAAAACAGAGAGUCAAAGGUUGGUUUUGUAUCAAAUUUCAAGGUUCUGUGAACUGAACUCAGAUCUUUGAUUCAUACUCGGGGUGGAAACUUCCACCACACCAGUUCUAGAAGGUUCCUCUCUUCUUUUCUGUAAAACUCUACAAGCCACUAGCAGCAUGGUCUGCGCUCAGACUGUGAGAGAACAUAUGGCAUGAUGGUAUUCUCCCAAAAAGGAUGGGAAAUGACAAAUGACAGACUCUAGAGCCUGAUAGUAAUCUGUUUGAUUUCUGCCAGGCGUUUACAAGCUUUGUACUUAAGAAAAUAGCAUUGUGAUUAAUUCUCUGUUCUAAUUAUCUCUCUAAUGCAUAUCUUUUAUCUGUGAUAUUGUUGAGAGAGAAAUGUAUCAAGCAAACCCACCAAACACCAUGACUACUUUUUGAUCUAUUCUUUCUGUUUCACUGACGACGUGAGGAGUCAGCAGUAAGUGAUUCUAAUGAGUCAGAAAAUAUGUAUGAAUAACCUCAUCAAAGAAUAAGUUUCUAGGAUCACUCGGUGGAGGUUGAUGUCUGUGAUCUUUGGAAUAAAAUGUCUUUUUUUGAUGGUUACUUUGGGAGUUUUGAUGAAAAAGUCAUUUACUAUACAGAGCAUUCAAUCAACACCUUCUCCAGCCCCCAUUUCAGAAUUACAAGAAGUUUCUAAGUGCUGUGCUUGCCUAGAAAAGUGGAUUGGAUAUCAGUGCAACUGUUACUUCAUUUCCAAAGAAGUAAAUUCUUGGGAAGGAAGCAGAGAUUUCUGUGCCUCUCAGAAUUCCAGUCUUCUUCAGCUCCAAACCAGAAAUGAAUUGAGUUUUAUGAACUUCAGUCAAAUCUUUUUCUGGGUUGGAAUGCGAUAUAGUGAGGAAUGGAAUGCCUGGCAGUGGGAGGAUGGCUCAGUUCCCUCCAAAGAGCUAUUUCCAGAGCUCUUAAACACCAAGACAAGGGGCUGUGUUGUUUAUAGUCCAAGCAAAUUGGUUUCCAUCGAAUUCUGUAAAAGUGAAAACCGUUAUAUCUGUAAGCAAAGGCCUAUUGUUUCUUAAAGCAGAAGGAAUAAACAAGAAAGGUCCAGUAUUGUUACACCUCUGAAACAUCACCAGCUUUCCAUCUUGAAUCUGUAGAAUGUUUCUGUUGGCUCUCAUACAGGUUUCAGACAUUUGAACUCAAGCAUUUUAUGCUUGAUGAGUUUUUCACAUCUGUGCACAAAAUUAGGAUGAAUCAAACUAAAGAGUUUUUAUGAAUAUUUUGAUUUAUGAAACAUAAUUUUAGUUACAUAUUCUUGUACAGUAUUUUGAAAUAUUAAAUAAAAUUUAUUC